AUGGAUUUAGGUUGGUUAUUCUAUCAAUUUCAUUAAAAAAUUUGUUUUUAUAUAGUUGCUCAGAAAGAUAUCGAUCUACUAAAACACUCUAAUUUCUCAGGGAAUCCCUUUGAAGAAAAAAAACCUUCUAGUAGACCUUAUUAGUCAAUUUUCAUAAAUAAUCACUCAACUUUAUCGUUUUUCUCCAAUUUGUUUGUUAAUUCAGAAGCAUUACAUUUUUUAAGCCUUUGUGAGCUUGAAAAAUCAAAAAAAAAACUGCCAGAAAAGAGCCCUGAGUUUCGAAAAAGCUAAUUAUUAUACUUGAUCUUGCGGCUUCCAAAACAGUCGAAAUUUUUCCACUUUUAUGCCGAGUUCAAAGUGAUUUCCGGGAAAUUAAAAAUUAUCUCUGACUCCCCAAAAUUUAUUUACCUUUUUCAUGUUCUAAAGGCUAUUUUGAUUUUCGCGAGAUCAUUUUGGUCGGGGUAUUCUGUCUCAAAAUUUUUUUCAAAGGUUUGGAUCGUGGAUCAAAUGAUCGAAAACUUUGUAUUAUCGUAAAAUAAGAUCAUUUAAUCUCGAAAUCUGAAGUAAAACCCCUAAAAUCUGAGCUGGACUCGGUAUUUUCCCGACUGUCGGGGCCGACUUUUUUCUUUCUAAAUCCCCUUUUUCGCAGUUUUUCCGACUCGAAAUCCAACUUUUCGUACUUUCCAGUCGAUCCUCUGGCCGAGCCGUGCGCCGUUUGUGGCGACAAAUCAACGGGUACCCAUUACGGCGUCAUUUCCUGCAAUGGUUGCAAGGUAAAACUUUUGAAUUUGCUUUUUUAAAAUAUAAUUUUUGAGCAUAAAAAUUAUUCACAACCUUCUCUGUUUUUAAACAUCCGUAAAACCAUUUCGAAGUCAAACUCUUGCUUCUACCAAGUCCAAAAGACCUUUCUGUUGAGAUUCCCAGAGUUCCAAAGUUAUUUUUUCUUAAAUCCAAAAUGAAGCACACAUUUUCGAGAAAACAAGGAUUUUCUAGGAAUUUCCAAAAAAAUCCUUAUCUUUAGCAUUUUUAAGGCGAUCCGCCCGUGGGCGGGUACUUCUUAGGAGACUGGAUAUUAAUUUUUUUUUUUAUACCCUUGAUUAAUCAUUUUUCAAAUCGUUCCUGGUUUUUACUAAGAUUUUUGUCGUUUUUCUUCCGUGUAGCGCUCUUAGUCCUUUUUUUUCGAAUUUUAAUUUUUGAAUCCUAAUUCUUUUUGGAAAUGAUCUUCAAUUUUAUUUUGAAUCGGUUUUCAAUUCAUAAAAUUGACUUCUCAGAGCUUUUUUUGAGUUUUUAGCCGACUUCCAACUCAACUAUUGAAUUUGAACCUUUUGAUGAAUCUUGGAGGGUUCUUCAUAGAUAUUUAUUGUUUUAAGGACCACUACAAGGGCAUUUUUUGAUUCACAUAGGAAGAUCCCGACGACAGUUUCGAAACUCCCUAUGGGCAGAGCGUAGGGAUAUCUAUUGUGAGGCCCCAGAAGAUCCCUUUUACAUUCCCUUGUAGGAAAACUCCGAAAAUUCUCAGUUCUGGUGAAAUGCAAGACGAAGUUGAUAAAUUUUUAGCUGGGAGUGUCAAAUUUUGAUUUGUUGAAGCAAAAAUUAUCCAAGAGACUCACAAAUUUUAUAUGUACCAAAUGUUGGAGAAAUGUCUACGAAUUGGAAAAAGGAGAGAAAAAAGGUGUAUAGCGUUUAAUAGAACAUUUCUUACCUCCUAGCUUCUGAAAAUAAAUAUAGGUUUUAAUAGGGCAGUACGACUAUUAUACGAGUAUUUUUUUUUUUGAUAUAACUGUCGAAAAGGCUUGUAUCAAUUGUGAGAACUUACUCUGUAGCGAAAAAGCUCACUUUUACAAUUUCCUGAACGUUCUUUUGUAAACUGGAAUGACAAACAAGUUUUUUUUUCUUAACAUCGGACUCAAAGUUUAAUUUUUUUUUUUUGAGAUUGUAAUUCUGAUACUUUUUUAUCGCCUCAGGUUUAGUUAUCUGUGAAGCGUACUUGAUCUCUGAUCAUGGUGAGUUUAAGCUCAAUCAUAAAAGAAAGCCUAAAACGACAACUUUAAGGGCUAGACUUAUAUUUUUUCGUUAGAGCUCAUUUCAAAUUUUUUUUUCUUAAGAUCGUUGUUGGAAGAGAUUCAAAAUGAGACGUUUUUUUAAUCGCUUAGUGUUGUCUGUUGAACGUACUUGAUGAAGAAUUGGAGCUCAACGGGAAAUGGAAAGUAUUAAAAGAUAGUUUUGACAUUUAACCAGAGAAGCGCAUGAUGAACUUAGUUUUGAAUUCUUGCUUGAAAAACCUCUCAAUUUCAAGGCAUUUUGUCUUUUUGGGUUGAAUCAACCACACAGCGUUCUUGAUCUCUCAGCUCGAUGAGAAAUGAAAAUUAUAAAGGGAUAAUUUUGUCGACUAGGCGUAUACUUUUGCACAUUAAAGCUUUUAAGAUUUUUUCUUUCCUAAGAUCUUGGCUGAGGGAGCUUUUAACUUUGAGACGUUUUAACCGCCUUGCGUUGAGUUACCCAUAGAGCGUACUCGAUCUCUGAGUUUGAGCCCGAUGAGAAAUGAGAAGUACGGGGAAAUUGAUGAUAAUUUCCACGCCUAGACGAAUUACUUGUCAAGUCACUCACUCCCUCGCGAUUUUUCGGCAGCCGAGGCUGAAGCGUCCGGCGUUCGGCGGGCGUCUCCCCCCGCUCGCUUCCCCAACAGACUUAUUUGUCGUCCUGCUCGCUCUUUGCUGUUGUUUGCGUGACGGACGUCGCCUUGCCCACUUUCUGUCUCCGAUUUCCAUUUGAAUUCCCCUUUUUCAUAUUGAUUGUUCGGGCCUCAGAGCCUGUGCGAUACCGAUAAAGGUUGGAAAAUGACCGCUUUUGGCUAAUUCAAGACAAUUUCAAGACAUCUCGACUAUAAGACAAAACUAAAACUUUUGUUAUUUCAACCCAGAAAACCUCAAACUAAGUUUCUGCCAAGUUUUUUCAAGGUCUUAAAAAUUCUUUCCCUGUAAUCUAGGCUGACAUGAUGAGAAAAUUUUCUGUUUUUCAAUAAGUUUCGUCUAAUGUCGUGUUCAAAAUGAUUUCAGGUAGUAAAAAAUUGCCGACAGAGAGUGAAAAAGAUAAUUGAAUUUUGGAGGGUCAGAGACUUUUCAUCAUUUUCGUGCGGAAACUGCGACCUGUACGCGAGCCGCGAUGCAGGAUAAAACUCAUCGAAUUACCCGUUCUAACUUUUCUUACGAGAAUCCCGAAUUCCCCUUAAAGUCGCUUCUUGAAAAAAAAGUUGCUUUAUGAAGGAUUCUACUUUUGCGCGAUUAUUCAUCUUAUUCAUACCUCGUUUGGCUUUUUUCCCCAUUUUCUGAAGUAAUUUCAAGGAUUAGCCGAUGUCACACGGUGAGAUAAGUUUCUGAAGAAGCUUCUCCAAGGUUUAAUCUCAGCUUUUCGAGUCAAAAGCUUUUGUUUUGGCAGGAAAUCGUUUGUUUUCGAUUUUUAUUUGGCCAUUAGUAAUGGGAAAACAUUGAAAAAAGCUUUUUUUUCAAGAUCUUCGGGUUUUAUUACGGCGAUGCAUACUAGAACGGGAAAGUUCCAAAUUUUUUCGUUGCGAGACCAAAUAAUUCAACAAAAAAGCUCAUAUCUGCGCCUUUACUUAGUUUGAAUAAGUUUCGAUUUUUUAUUCCAUAGAUUCCGUGAUUUCAUUGGCUGAACCGCUUUAGAUUUUUUUUUUUUUGGAAGUUUGACUUUUUGAAAAUUUCAAGUUUUCUGAAGCUUUCAGAAGCACUUCUAAUGCAUUUCCAUCUCCAAAAGUCAGAAUCCAACGAUCUUUCGAACUUUUGGCUCUAAGGAAGUUGCAUAUUUACCUAUAGGUUUCGAAGACCUUUGCUCUUGUUGUUUUUAGUCGCUUCCGUAGGCGCGACAUUGAAUGAGAUCAAACUCUAUAGAAAGAACAAAAAUAAGUGUUUGUGGGGCUUUUCUUGAGCAGUCGUUCGGUGGCAAGUGCUCCCAACUACUCUUUCCAGCCAUUUCUAUUUUUUUUUUCUAUAAUUUUUCUUCCACUUCGUGGAAAUUCAUCUGUUCAAGCUUUCUGAGGUUGGAAGCAGCCUAAAUAAAGUUCUAGAGCGAAAUUCAGAACUAAACCGAUGAAUACAGUCAAGAAAAAAACCUGAUCCAUCCCUAAAUUAGAUGAGUCAACCGUAUACCUACUUCUAGAAUUUUUUACGAAGCAGUCUAGUUUGAAAAGGUCGAGCGGGAAUAUUCAAACAGUCAGCUGCGCCUUUAAUAAGCUCUUUUUUUGGCUAUUUUGAACGUUUUUUAAAUCAAAUUUUAAGCAUCAUUGUUAGUCAAAAUCCCUGGCUGUAGAGUUUUAAGGAGAAUGGGAAAAUUCAAAAAUGUUUGGAGGUAAAAAAAAAUUUUUCAAGAUCCUGAAAAAUCCUUCGAACUUAGAAAGACUUUUUUUAGCCCAAAGUAUUGCGAGAAAUAUUUUUUUCUAUUCUUCUGAAAUUCCAUGGAAGUUCUAAGUUCCUCGGUUCAAGAGACUGAAGCCCUUGUUUUUUUUUACGAAACAAAAAAAAGUGAAAACUGAAAUGUGUCAUAAUCUCCCGGUACCGUCCAACUCGUUAGGUUUGGCUUCAUCCCGAGAAUCUUUACUUUUGGCCAUCCCUCAUUUAUACCUUUCUUUCAAAUCUCACUGUCUUUUGGUUAAUUGCAGGGGAGGAACUACUUUAUUAAUAUUAUGGAGUUGAUUGACGGAAAAAGUUCAGGGGUUCUUCCGCCGGACUGUCCUGCGCGACCAGAAGUUCACGUGUCGUUUCAACAAACGCUGCGUCAUCGACAAGAACUUCCGGUGCGCCUGCCGCUAUUGUCGCUUCCAGAAGUGCGUCCAGGUCGGCAUGAAGCGCGAAGGUUCGUUUCUAUGUCUUUUUUCUUGUUUACUGAUUUCUCGGUACCCAGUUGUGGCGCAAGAUUAGUAGAAGGAAAUGAGGAACGUCAAGAUUUUAACAUUUUUUCAAGAAUAAUCCCACAAGUGAGGUCAUUUCUUUUUUCUGAAAACUGCUGGAAAAUUUUUAACGUUUCAUAUUAGGAUUCUGAAAGUCACAACUUUCCUGUUUUCCGAAACGAAAAGCUUUCAGUACUAAAACGAGUUUUCUACGACUUUGAGGCGUCUUCUCUCGGAAACUGACUUUGGGAAUCUUAAGAAAUUUUUGGUACCUGGGCGAGUUUUGAAAUAUUCCCAAACCCGAAGUAAAAUAAUCUUCCGUGUCAGUUUCUAAACUUUUGUGUUUGAUUAACUUCUGGUCCCACUUUUUGGAGGAGUAGCACUUCCCUUAAAGAGGCAUGGGUACUUCAGAAAUUCGUGAUGACCUUCAAUUUCUAAAAAUAGACGUUUCCGAAGGAUUUUUGGUCUUUUUCGGGGUAAAUCAUGGUUUACUUUCAAAAAAGGAAUCUUUUGGAUCUUCUACAUACUUUUUUGAAGAAAGGAAGGAAAUUACUGCUUCAAAACCUUUUGAAAACCUUCAUUUCUACGAAAAAAUAUUAUUUCCGUUGAUUUUCAAGAACAAUAAUGAUUAGAAAAGCAUUUUUGGCAAGUUUCCACUACGUGAGGAAAAGGAAGUCCGUUUCCGUCUUUUGUGCUAUUUUCUGUGUUUUGGUCUCCCUGCACAUAUUUUUCUCGGCGGCGGCCGCGCGCCAACAAAAAACGCCUCCUCCUGAAUGGGAUUUUUGUUCUACUAAACUCGCGCCGCCGAGCCUUUUACUUGCUCCACUUUCUUUUUUCGUUUCAUCGCUUUUCUGGUUGGAAAGUACAUAUUUUUCUUCUCUUUUUAUCGUAUUUUCGUGGUUUUCCUCGGUAUAAGUUGUUUCACAUUUGCUGAUAAUUCAGAAGAGCCAAAGUCUUCAAUAAUCUCAAAUACAACUGGAAACGAUCACCGCUCCUUCAACUUUUUUUUUUAUAAAGUCGGUCCUUUUUCGGAAUUUUCUAUGGUUCAAUUUUGUUUUUGUCGCGUGUCACUCUAUUUAGUUUAGAGGCUUAAAAGAUGAUAAGAAUAAAAAUUAUCGAGGGAUCAUUUUUUGUCGAUUUCUUAAACUUAAAAUUUGAAUUUGUUUUUCGAAACGACGCUAGGAACCAUAUAGCCCAUUUCGGGCCGGUUUUUCACCUUUUUUUUCUCAUAAAAGACUUACGAAAUUUAAUCAAAUUUGACUCACUUGCUCCAAGGCCGUCUUUUUUUCAGUUUUGAAGAGCCAAAAUGCGAAAAAAAAGCUGUGUUCACGGUAGAGUUUUUCUGUUGUUCUGUGCGGCGGAACACAAAAUACGAGAUUUUCGCAUUUUAAUUUGAUCUCUUCAAUUUAUUGGUUUCCAGCGAUCCAAAUAAAGCGCGAACCAUUUUUUAAUCGCAAUAAUGUCAAUAAUUAGCUAUUACCUACCUUGAAAACUUGAAAAGAUUUUAUGCACGGUGAUUUGACCUCCCUGCUGAUUUUGUUGGUUUCCAGCGAUCCAAUUCGAGCGGGACCCAAUCGGGAGUCCGAGCGGAAAGAGACAGCGAAUGAGUCCUCCGCCGUCGGCGCCGGGCUCGGCGAGCCAGGCGACGUCCAUCUCCAACGGAUACACGAGUCCCAACGGCGUCCCGCCGUCUUCCGUCAUCGACGCGCUCAUGGAGAUGGAAGCCCGAGUCAAUGAGGUUUGAAAGUUCAACUGUAGCAUGCCUUGCUGUCGUAGGAUCUUUGUGCAACGAAUAAUUUCGAUAAAUUGAAAGCUGUUUUUCGUUAAGACCUCAGGGAUCUGUUCUAAGCUUCUAGUGUCCAUCUUGUUACUGCUGUGAAGUGUUAUUAGAGGGAAGUUUUGAACUACGUGUUCAUGGCUCAAGUUACUUCACCUAUCUUCAAGAAAAUUUUCAAAACUUCAAGAUUUUUUCGCGCUUUUCCUAUACAUUAAACGUCUUAUUGGAGAAUAGAGAAAUACUUUAAAUCGGCUUACCGAAGUUUUGCAAAAUUGCCCCCCCCCCCUUUUUUUGCGUUGUUCUUUAUCCAGGGAAACAUUGGCCCCCCUCUUUUUUUCAAUUUUGUGGAUUUUUUUGAUUUUCAUCAAUUACUGAGGCGUUCAUAUGAGUAACAAAGUUAGUGCGCGAUGAAAAAAAUUUUUGCUAAGGCAUCAGAAGAUCAUAAAGUUCCAGCUGGUACCAAUUAAGUAUUUAUUUUAAAGCAUGUUAUUUUUCACCUAAUCAGAGAAACUGAAGAUUUCUUUUUCUGUUGGUAUCAAUAGGUUUAUUCACUGCAUUCAUAGAAUAGUUUGAAUGAAUACAAGAGAAAAAGAAUUGAAGUGACCAGUAACGGGACUUAUUUCACUCUAACGAGUCGAUGAACAGGAAAUGUGCUCGCGAUACCGUAAUCGCUCUUCCGUCAUCCAUCAGCAGGCGGUUCCGGUUGCCGGCGAAGACGAUAAUUCUGGAUCUGCUUUUUCGCAACCCAACCGGCCUUGUACUGCCGAGGUACAAGAGAAGUUCGAAUUGAACGAGAAAAAGAAUGGAAUUCUCAGGACCUCAAUGAAAUCUCGAAGACGACGCUUCUUUUGAUGGUCGAAUGGGCGAAAACAAUUGCGCCUUUCCCGGAGCUUGGAAUGGAUGACAAGAUCAUCCUUCUGAAGAAUUACGCGCCUCAGCAUCUUAUUCUCAUGCCGGCUUUUAGGUAUAGUGAUUUUUUUUUUCGAAAAUAAAGUUUACAGCUUUUGUACGAAAAUCCAUCUCUAAACAUAUAAAUUUUUAUUUUAAACUGUGAUGAAGAAAAACUUUUUUUGUUAAGUUUUUAGAUGAAAAAACAGAUUACUGUCGUUUCGAGACCAUGUCAGGAGUUUUUGAUGUUUCUUUUAUAAUUGGUUGAAGUCAGUAAGCGAUCAAGUUCAAGUGUCAUUAACACGCAGCGACCCAACAAAAAACUCCGCAAACAAAAAAAAGCAUCCUACAGUACCUCAAGAUGACAUGUCCGGAAAAAAUGUUAAAUAUUGAUACACUUACUGAUUGACAUACAGCCCGCCUACAAGAAAUUCAUCAGUUCUUAGAUACCCAGGUGUAUACCGUACCUAGCUACAUUAAAAACAAAACGCAUUUUUCGGAGAAAUGAACAUUUUCUUGUUUUUUUCAACCAUUUUAUCAAAAUUGACCUUUUCCAGGAGCCCUGACACCACUCGAGUUUGUCUUUUCAACAACACUUAUAUGAGUCGCGAUUCGGCGGCCGAAUUGAACGGUUUCGCGGCUUUCAAGACCAGCAAUAUCACUCCCAGGUAAUAUUUGAAACACUAAAAAUAUAUAAAUUCGAAAGUUUUCCAGAGUCCUUGACGAAAUCGUUUGGCCAAUGCGACAGCUUCAAAUGCGCGAACAGGAGUUUGUCUGCUUGAAAGUGAGAAAAAAAGAAAAAUUAUCGAAAAUUAUCGAAUUUCAAGGCACUCGCUUUCCUGCACCCCGAGGCAAAAGGCCUGUCAAGCGCUUCGCAGACUAUGAUUCGGGAGGUGGGUUUUGAAGAGAAAAUCACAGGAUUACGGUGGUUUUCAGGCCAGAAAUCGAGUCCUCAAGGCGCUUUACGCGUUUAUCCUUGAUCAACUGCCAGAAGAGGCUCCGACGAGGUGAGUAGAAGGUUUCGGUUUUUAAAGGCGCAGAUAAGGAUGAAAAAUGGUCUUGCAGCGAUUUAAGAGUUAUGAGAGCUGAAAAGAAGGCUUCAAGAUGCAGAUAAUGGUGCAAACAAAUUUCUAAAAUAAAUUGAAGACUUUAAAAGUUUAGUGAGGCAGAAACUGAAAAAAAUAUGAUCUCAGUGCAAUUUUAAAGUAUGGAAUAUAAAAAAUUGUUGCAAUAAGAUUUUCUUCCAGAUACGGCAAUAUUUUGCUCCUGGCGCCAGCGUUGAAGGCUCUCACGCAGCUUCUCAUUGAAAAUAUGACCCUCACCAAAUUUUUCGGUCUUGCUGAGGUAAAAAUGAAUUUUCAGGGUUUUUUGGGGUUGUUCUUUUGACGGAGUAAAAAAAGAAUGUAGAGAGCAGCAUGUAUUGAGAGAAAUUAGAUAAAGAGUAGCUUUCGGCUUCUCCGGCGUCUCUCCAGGUUGCCUUGACCUCUCGCCUCUGAUCAGUUCUUUUUUCUGCUUAUUUUAUUGAGAACACAAGAGUGUCCCCAAUGGCAGUUAGGGGCAAAAAAGUGCUCUCUAUAAGAGUUCUAUUUAAGUGGUUUGUCUAGCGGUCAGACAUGGGCUAGUAGAGAACUCAAUUCUUCCAGGAGAAGUGGUUCACUUACCAAAUUGGACCAAAAACUGGAUGAAAGUUACUUCUAAUCUCUCAGGGAGGUAGCAUUGACGAUAAUAAAAGAGGGCUCUUCAAAAACUCUUUGCCCCUGUAUGCUAGCGGUUUAGGGCAUGACCCCUAAGCUCCUAAAGUUAGAGUGCUCCCUAGAGGGGAGCCUUCAAGGAACCCUAAGUUAGGCUCUAUAAAGACUACUUGCGAGAAAAUUUCUUUUUUCAUGAUUCUCCGACGAUUUCAGGUGGACUCCCUGCUCUCCGAGUUCAUUCUGGACGAUAUGACCGAGAAUUCUUCGGCCCCGGCCUCCCUUCAACGGCAUUUGGCUUCGCCGACCACUUUACCCACUCAUGGGGUUCGAUCUCUCUUGAUCUGAUCUUGAUUUUUAAAAAAAUCAUAAUACCUUUUCUAAUGCAAUUGUAAAAUAAACAUGUGAAUAAAAUCUAUUUCACUCGAAUCUUGGAUGAUAUUUUAAAGGCGCAUCGUGGAGAGUCGUCGAUAUGGCUCUGAAAGAAGGAUUUCUUUAUUGGCUUUUUCGUGUUUCAUAAGUGAAAUUCUGUGCACGCGUUUUUAAGUGAAAAUUUUUUUCAGCAUUCUUCUCUGAACUUAAAGAUAUCUCUAACGACAUAAAUUCGAUUAUUUCCCAAGCAUGCGCCUUUAAUAUCACCAAGAUUCCACAGGAUGUCAACGAGAUUUCUAGGCUUGUACCUUCAAAAUUUUCAAAAUUAUAAGGUUCAGUUUUUUGAGAGACCAAAAGAAGUUAUAAAAUGUUCGGCAUAUACAAUUUUUCCGUUUUCCCCUUUUCAAUAAGUUCCAGACAGCUUUUUUGAUCUUCUAUUUGGACCACGCCCUGUGCCUUUAAACAACUUACCCUGAACCAUUAUUAACUUGUAUUACUUCGCAAUGCACUGUAUAGCCAUUUCACGGCUCCCAAGGGACGCGACCUGUCUGCCCUCUCCAACAACCAGGAACUCUCUCUUUUUCAUUCGUGUCAGGAUUGUUUUUGGAUGUCUCAAGCCAGCCGUGAAUCAGCUUUAAUAAAAAAAAUGACUCAAAUAGAGAUGAAAAUGGGAUUUUUUCCAGCCGCCCCUGAAUGCGAUCGCCUUGAGUUUGGGCUUCAACAUUGGUCCGACCAGCAACGGUUCUGCCACCAAUGGAAUCGACAAUGGAGCCAAUCGCAACGUUAUGAACAUGUUGUGAGUUUUUUUUAUCGAUGAAAAAGGUUAAUUUGAAGUAGAAAUCGGUUGCUAUUUCUUAAAAAUCUCACUUGAAAACCUGAUUAUCAAAUAUUAACUGUUUCCGGGUUUGAAAGAAGUUGCUUCAAAUGUACCAAGUUUUUUCUAGAAUCUCACAAAAAGUAUUAAUAAGCGCAGAAUUAUCAUUGAUUUGUUUAUUUUAGGAAACCGAGAAGCUUGAUAUUUUAUUUUGAUCCAUAUAAUCUUCUCAUACUUUAAUUUUUUUACUGAUAAAUAACCUUGGUCGCAUUGGGAAUGGCUCGAAGCGGUUCUAGUUCAAGUCUUGGAGCUUAAACCUUUUUGUAACCGCCUGACACGUUCAUCCAUUCCUAGUGCGACCGAUUGCCGUCAGUUCAGUCAAGAAAACACUUUUUGAAGGUUCCCCAAUGGUUCCGACGGCUGUUCACUCCUCAACACGAAUCCCCAGCAGAAUAUGAUGUAGAGGUGAGAAAAUAAUCAAUAUUUUUGUAGGAACUUCAAUUGAUUCUCAAAUGAAGAUAAAUUUCGAGAAAUUAUAGCUGGCUCACGGCUGGCUUGAGACAUCGAAAAAGGGUCUUGACGCAAUAAAAAAAAGACAGUGUCUGGUUUGUGGAGAGGGUUUGAAAGGAGUAGCUUCAAAUGAGGCGGGCCACGCCCCCUUAGCGUCUCAAGCUAGCCGUAAAUCGGCUGAACUCUUAUCAUAGGUAAUAGACAAAAAACGGAAGAUAUAAUGUUAGUAUUUUUUAUGAGCAAGAAUAAAUUUGACCUCAGUUUUUUCAAUGGCCGCAGCUAUAAUGGCUCAAAGCGUCGCGCUCGCGUUGCGGUCCAGAAAAGGCUUUCCAAACUUUUUACGAAGCUUCACUAUGCACAAGUAAUUUCUAGUCAGACGAAAAUUGAAGCAGCCGCUCGUCGUCUGAGCCAUUCCAAGUGCGACCCUCGAAAAUAAACCUAAUUUUUUGCAGGUUUUGCAAGCUCAAAAAUCUGUUAACCAAAACGGACAAACGACCUUUAAUUGUAAAUUUCCACAAUAA